CACAGCGAAUAGUUUAUCCAGAGGACAAAAUGUGUGGCAUAUCAUGCGUCAUCACCUUGAAGGGCAAUGCUCCGAAGUCGAACAGCUAUGGUGCAAAGAACUUGGCGCAAGCUUACGAGCUAGAGCGUGCUCUUCUGAGCGAGCAGAUGGAUGGGUCUCUCGAAGCGAUCAAACAUCGAGGUCCUGAUGAUCGAGGGUAUUGGUUUAGCGAUUACAACCGUGUGGCUCUCGGGCACGUCCGUCUAUCCAUUCUGGACCUAUCUCCAGAGGCUCAGCAGCCAUUCCACGAUCCUGAAAACACCGUUCAUGCUGUCGUGUGCGGUGAGUUCUAUGACUGGGAAGACAUUCGUGACGAUCUCAUGAAGAAGGGCUACACAUUUGGUUCGCAUUGUGAUUCCGAGAUCUUGCUUGCCCUGUACCAAGAGUAUGGCAUGUCCAUGAUGGAGUAUCUCAGAGGCGAAUUCGCGUUUGUUCUCUAUGAUAGCAAAGCCGAAACUAUCGUUGCGGCGAGAGACCGAUAUGGAGUGAAGCCACUAUUUUACACUGUACAUGAUGGACGGAUUUUCAUCGCAAGCGAGAUGAAAGCGUUUCUGGCCUUUGGGUGGCAGCCUGAGUGGGAUGUACAAAGUCUCAUAGAAUGUGGGUAUCUCACCGAUACACGAACGCUUUUCCAAGGCGUAUCAAGGAUCCAGGCAGGCCGCUACUUGAGUCUUCAGUCGUAUAGAACCAUUACCCAGACGGAGUAUUGGAACAUUGAGUAUCCGGAUAAGGUAUUUCAAGCCCAAAGGCACUUUCUCCACGAGACCGAGACGAGGUCCGAACAAGAAAUGAUUGAAGGUGUUCGGGAACGACUACUCGAUGCCGUUAGUGUACGGCUUCGAGCCGAUGUUCCUGUUGGAAUCUUUUUGUCUGGUGGCCUCGAUAGCUCCGCGAUAGCAGGGAUGAUCAAACACCUAAUAGUAGAGAAGGGGGUUCGUCUGGGCAACGAAGGAUCCGCAACUGCUAACAUAAAAUGCUUUUCCAUAAAGUUUCUGGACGGGCCAGGUGAUGAAUUUGAUGAAGAACCAAUUGCACAAAGAACGGCAGAAUGGCUAGGAGUCAAGAAGCACGUUGUCCGCAUGACAGAAGAAGAGUUUGUAAAGAACUACUCCGACGCUGCAUGGUUCUGUGAGCAUCCUCUUUCGGACCUCAACUUUAUUGCAAAGGUCGCCCUAUCUCGAAUCACACGCGCGAACGGUGUCAAGGUCAUCCUUACCGGUGAAGGGUCGGAUGAGCAAUUCGCCGGAUAUGGACAGCUACUUGCAGAUUUCUUGCGCGAACCGGAUCAAAGCUGGACCUCGCAGAGCUUGCCCCGCUUGCCGAACAACCUUCGACUGAAGUUGCUAGCGGAAGAAGAGCAAGGCAAAAGUGGCGACCAGAAGACAAUCAAGAACUUUCGCAUUGCCGAUCCUCCAUCCGCAGCUUACGCGAGGAAGCAGAUCAAUAACGUCAGCAUUAUCUCCAUGACUUCACUAAUGAACGCGCAGCCGCUACUAUCACCUUGGGUCCAGCAGGAGUUUGGCGUUCAAGACCCACGAGUGGUGGGCGUCCACAACCUUCUGACAGGUACCGUACGCAAGAAGAUCCAACUCAAGUGGCAUACCUUGCACUCCGCAUUAUAUAUCUGGCAGAAGUUUUUCCUGCAAAACAUACUUUUGACGGCGUUGGGUGAUAGGGUGGAAAUGGCGAAUUCAAUCGAAGGUCGCCAGCCUUUCCUUGAUCACAACCUGACCGAGUACGUCAAUGGUCUUCCCCCCUCAGUCAAACUCCGAUACGAUCCCGAGACAAACUCGCUUAAUGAAAAGUGGAUCCUCAAGGAGGCUGCGAAGCCCUUUAUCACUGAAGAGCUUUACAAGCGACGAAAACACCCCUUCUCUGCACCAGUUACGUACGCAGUAGAUGGCCCACUUCAUCGAUAUAUUGGCUCGUUGAUGAGCAAGGAGAACAUCGACCAGCUUGGCUUCCUGGAUUGGGAGAAGUGCAAGUCCUUGGUGGAGGAUGGAUUUGUGCAUAAAAACGCUGUCGAGAUGAGGAAACUGUUCAUGGUCUCUCAACUAGUUGAGCUAAGUAGACGCUUUGGUGUGAAGCGAGCUGAGCCAGAGUAUGCACUUCGCCCGAAUGAAGCAGGCAUCCAAGAGUCCCAAGAGCCGCUGGCCGGGACCUCAAGCUUGAGCAGGUUGUAA